CUGUCGCCGGCAGCGGCCGCCGGAACGGAAGGCGCGGAGCGCGAGCGUUGGCAUCAUGGACACAGACCUUUAUGAUGAGUUUGGGAACUACAUCGGGCCAGAGCUCGACUCUGAUGAUGAUGAUGAUGAACUGGGCAGAGAGGCCAAGGAUCUUGAUGAGGUGCAGUGAGACUUGCGCAAAAAAAUCUUAAUUUGUAUUUUCACCAAAAUAACAUAAUACUGAAAUGAAGGUUAUUCAUGUCUUAAAUUUUCCUCCUCCUGCUCUAACCUGUUUCUCCUGAAUUUUAAUCCUGACUACAGUUAUCAAUCGAUCUCUGGUGCAAGCUGAAAAGUAACUAUUCCUUCUGUGUCAUUGUCUCCUGUCCCCAGAAAAUGAUUUCUCUCGCUCACAAAAAAAAAAAAAAAACAACACACCACAGCCAACUUACUUAAUGUUUUCAAGGAAAACUUUGAUGUACUAUUAAAUAUUCUGAUUUAGUAGAUUUCUAAAAACAAAGUAUCUAAAAAUAUAAUAAACAUUAAAAAUCUAAUAAAAAGCUACCUCUUGAUAGUAAGAAAAAAACAAGGAAAUUCAGCUUCCACUUGAAUAUGUGAAAAAAUAAGGAACUUUCUCUGUUUUAAGUGAGUUUCCUUGCUGUUGUAUGCAUUCAAAUAGGAGCUCCAUAUCUUGUGUUUUAAAUAAGAUCCUUACACUGAGUCCCUCAUUAUUUUACUCAUAUUUUCUGGUGUCUCCCAUUAAGAGAUGUUAACACCAACACAUGACACUAUUAGUCAUGUUUAAUGCAUGACUGGAAGGUGUUCAGAGAUUAUGAUGAUGAGCUUGGUGUAAGAACAUAGAAUAGAGGACUAUGAGUAGUAUUUAUAUUUAUGAAAACAGAAACAGCCACUGAUAUGUUUAGGAAUGGUGUUGAAAAUUGCUCUUUCACUGUGAAUUCUUUGGUAGAUCUUUAGUGAUCUAAGAAAUUGGAACUAAUCACUGGGUUGUUCCUUUAAAGAAGUAGAGCUCCUAAUGGUGCCAGUAUUUAUAUGUAUAUGCAAAAUAAUCAUUAUUGUACUAGUGAAAUCAUAACUCACACACAUGGGGUUUUGGGGUUUAAUGCACAAGGUUUGGUAGCUGAACUUUGAUGCAGAAGGGGUCCACUGUGUCUCACUACUUGUACUGCCAGCCUUGGGUAUGUUGUGCACAUGGAUAAAGGGUACUGGUAUCAAUUGCUUGCUAUGCAAGCAUCACUUGCAUGUGGCAUUGGUAUCUGUUUUAAAGAUGACCUGCUGUUCAUUGUGGCUAUCUGGAAUGGAUUCAAGGUGGAAAAAUGGCCUCCAAACUGAAAGUAGGGGAGCCCAUCAGAACGUUUUUCUGGACCUCACUUUGAUCGGUGCCUGAUACAGCAAGACUGGGAUCUGCACUGCAGUUGCAUAUAAUCUAGAUUCUAGUAGUAGUUAUGAAGGUCAGAUUCUUUUCCAGCUGUGUCAAUGACUUGAAGUGUGACCAUCAGCAAAUCACCUACCCACUUACUGCCUCCAGUUUCCUAACUGUAAAAUAGGGAUGAUAAUACUGUGGAGUUUAAUGUUUGUAUAGUGCUUUGAGAUCCUUGGAUGGAAAGCUCUAAAGAAUAGCAAAGUAUCGUUCUUGGUUUCAGCUUGAUGAUGAUGAUGAUGACGAUGAUAUAGGAGAUCAUGAUGAAGAUCAUCCUGGAAUGGAGGUGGUACUGCAUGAGGAUAAGAAAUACUAUCCGACUGCUGAAGAGGUUUACGGGCCUGAGGUAGAGACCAUAGUGCAGGAGGAAGAUACACAGCCUCUCACUGAGCCUAUUAUUAAACCUGUGAAAACCAAGAAAUUCUCCCUGAUGGAGCAGACGUUGCCUGUCACCGUGUAUGAGAUGGAUUUCCUGGCAGAUCUGAUGGACAACUCUGAGCUGAUUCGGAAUGUGACCCUAUGUGGGCAUCUCCACCAUGGCAAGACUUGUUUUGUGGAUUGCCUGAUAGAGCAGACGCACCCUGAGAUCAGGAAGCGAUACGACCAGGAUCUUUGCUACACUGACAUACUGUUCACGGAGCAAGAGAGGGGUGUUGGAAUCAAGAGCACCCCGGUAACUGUUGUUCUACCGGACACCAAGGGGAAAUCCUUUCUCUUCAACAUCAUGGAUACGCCAGGCCAUGUGAACUUUUCUGAUGAGGUUACUGCCGGCCUUCGAAUUUCGGACGGAGUUGUGCUUUUCAUUGAUGCGGCCGAGGGGGUUAUGCUGAACACAGAGAGGCUGAUCAAGCAUGCAGUGCAGGAGAGGCUGGCAGUGACCGUGUGCAUUAAUAAGAUAGAUCGGCUGAUCCUGGAGCUGAAGCUUCCCCCCACUGAUGCCUAUUACAAACUCCGACACAUAGUAGAUGAGGUCAAUGGCUUGAUCAGCAUGUAUUCCACCGACGAGAACCUGAUCCUCUCCCCUCUUCUGGGGAAUGUCUGCUUCUCCAGUUCCCAGUAUAGCAUUUGCUUCACGCUUGGCUCCUUUGCAAAGAUUUAUGCAGACACAUUUGGAGACAUCAAUUACCAGGAGUUUGCAAAGCGGCUUUGGGGUGACAUCUACUUCAACCCCAAGACACGAAAGUUCACUAAAAAGGCCCCGACCAGCAGUUCCCAGCGGAGCUUUGUGGAGUUUGUCCUAGAACCCCUGUACAAGAUCCUGGCUCAGGUGGUUGGUGAUGUGGACACCACCCUCCCACGCACUCUGGAUGAGCUGGGCAUCCACCUGACCAAAGAGGAGCUGAAGCUAAACAUUCGACCCCUGCUAAGGCUUGUCUGCAAGAAGUUCUUUGGGGAGUUCACAGGCUUUGUGGAUAUGUGUGUGCAGCACAUUCCCUCCCCAAAGGUGGGAGCCAAGACCAAAAUCGAGCACACCUACACUGGCGGCGUCGACUCAGAUCUGGGGGAGGCCAUGAGCGAGUGUGACCCUGAUGGUCCACUAAUGUGUCACACCACGAAAAUGUACAGCACAGACGAUGGGGUUCAGUUCCACGCCUUUGGCAGGGUGCUGAGUGGGACCAUCCAUGCAGGGCAGCCUGUGAAGGUACUGGGAGAAAAUUACACAUUGGAGGAUGAAGAGGAUUCCCAGAUCUGCACUGUGGGACGGCUCUGGAUCUCAGUGGCAAGAUACCAUAUAGAGGUGAACCGGGUCCCUGCUGGCAACUGGAUCCUAAUAGAGGGGGUGGACCAGCCCAUUGUGAAGACUGCAACCAUCACAGAGCCUAGAGGCAAUGAGGAGGCUCAGAUCUUCCGUCCCUUGAAGUUCAACACCACGUCUGUCAUCAAAAUAGCCGUGGAGCCAGUCAACCCUUCAGAGCUCCCUAAAAUGCUGGAUGGCCUGCGGAAAGUUAACAAGAGUUACCCAUCGCUCACCACCAAGGUGGAAGAAUCUGGGGAGCAUGUGAUCCUGGGGACGGGGGAGCUGUACCUGGACUGUGUGAUGCAUGACUUACGGAAGAUGUAUUCAGAGAUUGAUAUCAAGGUUGCUGAUCCGGUUGUGACGUUCUGUGAGACUGUUGUGGAAACUUCCUCCCUGAAGUGUUUUGCUGAGACCCCCAAUAAGAAGAACAAGAUCACAAUGAUUGCUGAGCCACUGGAGAAGGGACUCGCGGAGGACAUUGAGAAUGAGGUGGUCCAGAUCACCUGGAACAGGAAGAAGCUGGGCGAGUUCUUUCAGACCAAGUAUGACUGGGAUUUGUUGGCUGCCCGCUCCAUCUGGGCCUUUGGGCCAGACGCUACUGGCCCAAACAUUCUAGUAGAUGACACGCUGCCCUCGGAGGUGGAUAAGGCCCUGCUGGGCUCUGUGAAGGACAGCAUCGUACAGGGGUUCCAGUGGGGCACAAGGGAAGGGCCCCUCUGUGAUGAGUUGAUCCGCAAUGUGAAGUUUAAGAUCCUGGACGCUGUGAUUGCUCAAGAGCCGCUGCACCGGGGAGGAGGGCAGAUUAUCCCAACUGCAAGGAGGGUUGUGUACUCCGCCUUCCUCAUGGCCACUCCUCGGCUGAUGGAACCGUACUACUUUGUGGAGGUCCAGGCCCCUGCUGAUUGUGUGUCUGCAGUGUACACUGUGCUGGCCCGGCGGAGAGGUCAUGUGACUCAGGACGCUCCAAUCCCAGGCUCCCCGCUUUACACCAUCAAAGCCUUUAUCCCAGCCAUUGAUUCGUUUGGGUUUGAGACUGACUUGAGGACUCACACGCAGGGACAAGCUUUCUCUCUGUCCGUCUUCCACCAUUGGCAGAUCGUGCCUGGAGACCCCUUGGACAAGAGUAUUGUCAUCCGGCCCUUGGAGCCCCAGCCAGCACCUCACCUGGCCAGAGAGUUCAUGAUCAAGACCAGGCGCAGAAAGGGCUUGAGCGAGGACGUGAGCAUCAGCAAGUUCUUCGACGACCCUAUGUUGCUGGAGCUAGCCAAGCAGGAUGUUGUUCUGAACUACCCCAUGUGACCGUGUUGCCGCAGAGGCUAACCAGAGACUGCUCCAGUGUCUGCCGGCCCAGCUCUUUCCCCCUCCUCCUCAUCGUCCUGCAAACGUCUCCUCCCUUGCAGUCUGGCUGCCCUGGUACUGCAUGUGCUAAGGCCUCAGAAGUAGCCUUACCCAUGAGCUUACAGGCUGUGUGUGUUCAGUUCCUCCCUAGGCCAGGAGUCUGCACUCAAGACCGACACAAUAUGGACAUGGCUGAUAUCACUCUUGGUCCCCUGCACCGUCACUUCCAUUGCUGUGUACAAGUGAAUUUUGUAGCCGCGUGUGGCAGUUCCAGGCCCAAAGGGGUUAAUCCACACCCCUGUUCCCCCAGUGAACAUGGUGUUAGGGUUACCAGGGACAAACUGAAGUUUUGUGCAGGGGUUUCGUGCUGGGUUCAGCCGUCCGCCUGUGCCUCUGAUAAAGCUGGGAGCUGCCACCAAGCUCCUGCAGCCAGUGACGUGCGUAGGCUUCCUGGGGGGGAGACAGAGCCUUUCCUGGGGUGCCCAGGAAGGGGGAUGGCCUGUGUCUGGGGGGUUGUUAGUGACCUUGCAGGGAACGGGUGGCGGGAGUCUGGACCUCCUGACAGUCUGGAUUGUUAUUUCUAUUUUGUACGAGUUUAUUUUUGAGCUUUGUAAAGACUGAAUAAAACCCCUCUCCCCUGG